AAAUAUGUCAGGGGAUUCAUCAUAUUCAGAAGGGGCAGGUUGGAUUUAAUGGUUUUGCAAUAUGGAAGAUCAUCAAUUUCUAUGUGAAGUUGAUAGUGAUUUUAUAAGAGACAACUUCAAUUUGUAUGGAUUGAAGAGCAAGUUCAAUUUCUAUAAGUAAAUAUCAAAACUCAACAAUUAGCGAGGCAUUGGAUUUGAUUUUAAGUUCUGAGACUCCUGACGAUGAAGAUUUGGAAGAUGAACGUUUCCUGGAGGUUUAUCAAGAAGCUACUGAUUUGUAUGGUUUAAUUCAUGCCAGAUUCAUUAUCACAGCAAAAGGUAUCAAUAUACUUUAUUGGGCAGGAUUGGCAUUGAUGAAGGAUAAGUUCUUAUCAGGAAAAUUCGGUGCUUGUCCAAGAGUAUUAUGUGACAGAUCAAAUGUACUUCCUGUAGGAAUGAGUGAGGAAUUAAGAACUUCUAGAGUGAAAGUAUUCUGUCCGAGAUGUGAGGAGGUGUACAUUCCAAAGAAGAAAUGCCCAGAUGUUGAUGGGGCAUAUUUUGGAUGUUCAUUCCCUUCAAUCUUCAUCAUGGUAUGAAGAUGGUUAAUUUAAUAAGAACUUUGUUUAAGAGAUUCAAAUUGCUCCUAAUAAUCAGCAGUAUGUUCCACGAAUUUUUGGGUUCAGAGUGUACAAGAAGAAAGGGUCUCGUUAUCAAGAUACGCAAUAGAAACCAGCUGAAAUCACUCAUUAUUCUGAGGAACAAUUGAAGAAGUUGAGAGGCAAAAAUGAAUAGCAAAGCAAAGAGGAUUAUGUUCAAAAGUGAAUAUAGG